AGGUGUUCCUAAUGUUUUGUGCACUCAGUGAACAAUGGAUUUAUACUUCAGUCCAGUUGGUGGGGGUAAUGCACCAUUAUUGGAUGCUAACCGCCGUUAAACCCCACCGAAGAAGAAGGUGUAUCGUCAUACGGUCUAUGUAUGUUGUUGUACUUUGUUAAAAAUGUAACAAUCGCUGUUGAUAAUUAACUACCAAAUACAAGAUGUGGCAGCCAGAUCCUUUCCAUAAUGAGUUGGUAUCUAUUAUGGAUGAAUUAAUGAUGUCGUUUGAGGAUGAAAUUGACAAAUGUAUGGCGGUCUCAGUCUUUUCUACACAACACAGCACAGGCAUUGUCGAUGCAGGAAAGACAGGGGAGUCCAAGUUGGAGGUAAAAGUCCAGUUGAAAUGUGUGAUGAAACAGUUCGUGACAAAGACUAUUAUCAAAAUCAACCACUUGAUCUCCAAAGGUACUGCAGCUCUGUGCUCAAAGAUAUGCCAGAGUCAAAGUGAGGUUAAAUCUCUGAAAAUUAGGCUAUUGGAGAUGACUGACGGUAAGGAGAUACCUGAAAAGACAGUGGGAAGAACUCCACAGAUAUUGGAAGAGCAGGAAUGGACGGGAUUACCAUAUUCACCGGAGUUUGCAGAGUAUUUGGAGGUUGAAGUGCCAACUCCCAUUGAUGAGGCUGACAAGACUACAAAUUGCAAGGAGACCACGAUCAGAGUUAAAACCAUAGAGAUGAAACAAUGCUUUAUAUCUCUGGCAAAAUUAGCUUCCUCACUCACUAAGUCUAACAAACAGGGGCCAAAUACAGCCAAACAAGAAGCAAGUAGGCCAACAGACAGAGAGGCAGAAAGCAGGCCUACAGACAUUCAGGCCCUAAGUACAGAUGCACAAAGUCUCAGUGGGGAUUCUGUGCUAUCCACUAUACCCAGGAGGGAAAAGAAGAGAACAGAAGCACCCAUGGUGGCACAAUCAGACGGAAGUAAGGAGAACGCAGAUGAUGACCAAUGGGAGGAGGAGAAUGCUAAUGCCGGACAAACCUCGAGUGACGAAUCUCUUCACAACAGAAAGCCAAGGCCAAACAGGAAACAAAAUAAGACUACCAACACCAGGAAAGAGUACCUCUGUCCGGACUGCGGUAAGGUUUUUAAGAAAUUAUGUAAUUUUAAACAGCAUCAACGGACUCACACAGGAGAGAGACCUUAUUGUUGUGAAUUAUGUGGGAAAUGUUUCCCGACUGCUUGGAAGCUCAGAAAUCACCAAUUGGUGGUCCACAGGAGAGAGAAGCCGCUUGAAUGCCCAACAUGUGGGAAGUGCUUUGCAACAAAGAGUUAUUUGGACAAACAUGCAAGCGUUCAUUCAACAGAGAAACCGUUCCAAUGCCUCGUGUGUCAGAAGUGUUUUAAAAGUAAAAAUGGCCUCAAGGAACAUACAAUAUUGCACAAUUCAAAUUCAAACUCAUAUGCUUGUGACAAAUGUCCAAAAACCUUUGUAAAGCUGAAAUACCUCAAGAAUCACCAGCUAACUCACAGCGGAGGAGGAGCUCACCGUUGCGAAUUGUGUGGAAAGGGUUUCAAGUCUCCUUCCGAACUCAAACAGCACCAAGCAUCAGUCCAUAGGGGAGAGAAGCCGUUCCAAUGUCCAACAUGUGGGAAGUGCUUCGGAAAAAAAGAAAAUUUGAAAAUUCACGCAAGUGUUCAUUCAGAAGAGAGAGCAUUCCAGUGCUCUCUGUGUCGGAUGUGUUUCAAAACCAAGUAUACGCUUAGCGACCAUAAGAAGACUCACACGGACUCCAAGCCGUAUGCUUGCGGCAAAUGCCCAAUGACCUUCAUUCGGUCAAGGUACCUUAAGAUGCAUCAAGCCUCGCACCUGACCAGCAAGCCGUUAGCGUGCAGCUACUGUGGGAAAGGCUUCAAAGGUGAACGUGAGCGCAAGAGACACGAACGCACACACACCGAAGAACCCCCUUAUACCUGUGACGAAUGUGGCAAGGGUUUCUAUAAACACGAAUCAUUAAAAGUCCAUGUGGCCUUGCACACCGGAGAGAAGCCGUUCGCCUGUGAUUACUGCGGUAAAACCUUUGCUCUGGCGUCCUACCUUAAAACCCAUGUCGCAAAAUUUCACUCUGUGACCGAACUCCACGCCUGUGGGAAAUGUGGCAAAAAAUAUAAGGAUAUCAUACAUUUCAGAAGCCAUAUGGUUCAGGGUUGUUGAGAGGAGGCUGCGGAAUUAGUUUGUUUGACUUGAAACAAUUUAUCUCUCUAAUAUUGGAGGGAAUCUAAUACCCCUUCCUAAACGAAGCCCCAGGGAAGACGCAGGUUAAAGGCACAACUUGUAACUUUCGUUCUGACAAUGCUUUGACAUUCAUUGUUAUUUUGGAAUUGUGAUUAAAGUUGUAAUAUGUUCCUGUCAUACUACAAUCAUGCAUGUCUACUUUUUAAUCGGUAUACUACCAUUAACCCUUUCUAUGUGAUAGAGAACAGAAGCAGAAAAAUGGCUUUUGUUUGCCUUGGUCUCACAGUAACUUUAAGCAGUUACAGCUAACAUGACCCCCAUUUUCUCCAAAACACAUUACAAUAGAGGCAGGAUACUAGUCCAUGUGAUUAAGCAUGUUUUUAAUGUAGCAAAAAUGACUAACUCAUUUUCAACCAAAUGAGCAGUUAGUCUUUUUGCUUGGUAGGGCAGUGUACCACACAGGUUUUGAAAUUAUUUUGAGAAAUGUCAGAUAAGGCUUUUAAUGAUAGUCACUCCAAACCAAUAAUAGGGCCUAUCACCCAGUCACUACUCAACCACGACUCAAACCCUCAAGAAGUUUAUUUCACAAUAAUACAUUGAGCAGGUAUACACCCUCCCUGAAUGAACACAUCUCCAUGUUUAGAAGAUAUGCAGGGAUGGAUUUAGUGAUGUGAAACAGUUGUUGCAGAUACAAAUAGAAUGAAUAGAGCUGAUUCCUUAUUCUACCAAUCAUGUCUGUUCGUCAUGAUACAUUUCUGAAUCUGAACGUUCUAUAUCAACAUCCUUCUGAACAGGCCCCAGUUGUGGCUAAUGGAGCACGUGGUUGGGUCAGGGGUUUUCACGUGAACUCGCCAGGAAAAACUCCGUCUGCAGACCUUACAGCAAGAUCCCUGAACUUUCUUCCUCUCUUGCACUAUCCACUGGUGCACACCAGGGGGCGGUGUAUAUACUUCCAACCUCUUACAUUCUAUGUGGGUAUUACGUUCACUCAGAAAGAUCAGUGUUACAGUAUUAUACAACGGAAAAAUUGAUAUAGAAAACAGAACGAUAUUGCUACUCUCCUAAAGAAGUACAUGUACAUUAAAACAACAAAGUUCCACACAUGAAUCCCAUACAUACAGUACAAACCAGGGAACUACAAUAAGCCAUUUACUGGAGUACGGCGUGACAGAAACCCACUUAUA